GCAGGACGGUGGUGUGUGUGCCUUUCUCGCAUGUAUCACUCCCACACCUCACACAGCUCUUAGCACAGUAAAAGACUUUCAAAUUCAACCUGUCAAGAUCCCACUUCUGCGAACACAGCCAGCACAGGCCAAGAGAACUGUUUCAAAAAUGGCAUCAGAGGACGGUUUCAGCUACCUAAUGCCAGGCCACAGUGAGAAACACAGGCGGGCCCCGAACUGGACUGACGGUGAAAUGAAAGCCCUCCUGUACGUGUGGGAGGAACACCACAACGAACUGAAAAUGAGCAAGAGGAACGCCAAGGUUUACGAGAAGAUGUCCCAGAGGUUCUUCCAACUGACCGGAGAGCAGCGUUUCAAAGAGGAGAUCAAGAUGAAAAUCACCAACAUGUCUUUCCAGUACAGGCGACUGAAAUCCACAGUUGGUGAAAGUGGGGAAACGCCGGACUGGCCGUACUACAAAGCCAUCGAGAAGAUCCUCUCCAAGCCGCUGGAGAACGGGCGGGUGAACUCUUUGGAGUUUCAGGCCUCCGGUGCAGGUCCCUCCACCUCCUCCCAGUCUACAGAAAACCUAGUGCCCCAGUCAGAGGAGGGGAUGCUGGGAUUCCUGCCAGAGUACACGGGAUCCUCAGAUGAGAUGGAAAUAAAGCAAGAGCUGGACUCGUUGAGCUCUGACAGUGAGAACACACAAGGCUCCAGCUCCCAUCCUAUUUCAGCCAGAAAGAGGAAUGCCAACAAGCACCUGUCCAUGAAGAAGAAGAAACUACGGGUGAUGCAGGCCAUGCUACAGCAACAAAAGAGGUCAAGCCGAGCCAUAGAGGAGACGUGCAGAGAGGUCCGUCGGGCCAUUCACCAACAGAACCUGCUCCAGGUCCAGUGUCUGCAGCUGCAGGAGCGUAUGAUGAACCUUCUGGAGAAGAUGAUCCAGCCUCCUUCCGCCACGUCAGCGUCAUGGGGUCAGAGUGGGGUCAAAGAUCCAGGGAAGCCAUGAAUGGGUUACGGUUGUUGGGAGAGAUCAUGGUCUUGCCUCACCUAUAGCCCCUUUGAUGCAAAAAAUAAAGUAUAUAUAUUUUGGAUUUCAUUUUAACAUUAAACAGUGAGGUACAAAAUGUGCUGUUAUGAUUUCUGAGGGUGUCAUUAGCCUGAACCUCAUUCAUGGAAGAUGACCAUGUUAAUAACCAUCAGGACACAGGCCCAUGAUGACACUUAAGCAUCUAGAAAGUCAGGUUUCAGUGUUUUCAAUUUUGUACUCUUUUGAAACAACAUGGGGACAACAGCAAAGAUGAACUUAUCACUUCACUUUUUCACUGUGCCAGGGUGAUUAUAAUUUGGGAAGGUCUGAUGCCAAAACAGGACAAUUUGUAGCAUUAUGAACCAGGAGUUGAGGCAAUGACAUGGUUAUUGAGGGGGCUGACAGCAAAUAGUAUUAUCAUCAACACAAACUACAUCAGAUUUCUUGUAAAAAGGAAUUUCACAGCUCUUAAAUAUGUCUUUUUUUGUGUUUCAGUAGCAGAACAGUCAGUGUUAGCAGUAUGCUGGCCUACUGUCUCCUGCGGAAGAUACACAAUUACUUCCAACCUUGAUUUUGUAGCUCCAAAGAACUGACUGAAAAAGACAGCCAAUGAGUUUCUAAGAAUAAGGGUACAUUUCCUGCUUUCAGCUGAAAAAAUAUUCAAGGUGAAGCUCAUUUAGACGUAAUAAAUAAACUAUCUAGAUGUUAUAAAAAGACAAACUCAUUCUUUUCAAAUCCAGGAUCUUCACUGUGUGUCACUGUGACCACACAGAUCAGUACUCUGCCUGCACACUAACUGUACUGAGUAUAGUCGAACAAAUAACAUUUAUACAGCAUUUAAUCUUGAGUAGCACUGUG